AUGAGUCACGUGCGACCCUCGCGCUUGGCAUCUGGGGGGCGGUUCGAGGUGAAGGACGUCAGCCGUUCCAGAGUACGACCAUCACCCCUGCCUAUCACCACAACACCUUCUCUACCCGUCCCCGAACGUCGUUCCAGACCGGUUCGAUCUACACGGAAACUCGUCUGCUACACUGUUGACGACGUUGACGACGAUUCAGAACCGUCUACACCUCAUCUUGCCACUUUUAGCCCAGGCGACCCACUCAAUUCCGCUGCCUGCGACGCGACGAUACCUGAUGACUACGCGCGAUAUCUGUCUCCCGACUCGGACAUAGAAGAGGAUGCACGCAUAGAGAGGAGUAUGGGUGUCAUACGCAAGAAUGCAGCCCUUAGAGGGGGCGACGGCGGCACCAAAUACCAUUGCGACGUCUGUUCGAUUGACAUAACCUCUACCGUUCGCAUAUCCUGCGCCAAUCCUGCCUGUCGCGAAUACGAUCUUUGUGUUCCUUGUUUCGCACGGGGUGAACAUAGCAAAGGUCAUGAUCCACGUACACACGAAUACCAUGUCGUCGAGCAAAACUCGAUCCCCAUUUACACCGAAGACUGGGGUGCCGACGAAGAACUCCUCCUGCUAGAAGGCUCGGAACGCUAUGGGCUUGGUUCCUGGGCCGAUGUCGCUGAGCAUAUUGGAGGUUAUCGGGAAAAGGAUGAAGUUCGCGACCACUACAUCAACACCUACGUUGACAGUCCAUUGUUUCCUCUACCGGAGUUAGCCGAUCCCGCUAACACCGAACUCUUUGAGCGCAUCCCAAAAGACGAAUUCCAGGCUCGUAAGAAGAGACGCAUCGAAGAGCGCAAAGAGACUGCCAAACAUGCACCACCGGCAACACCCAAACAGAAACCCACGGCCUCUGUUCCGGCAUGCCACGAAGUCCAAGGUUUCAUGCCUGGCCGUUUGGAGUUUGAAACCGAAUUCGCCAAUGAUGCCGAGGAGGCUGUCCAACACAUGUCAUUUGAACCUGGUAAUGGCUUAGAUCCGACAACUGGCCAGAUGGACGAAGAGACUACUCUUAAGAUGACUGUCUUUGACAUCUACAACUCUCGGCUGAGAGCCCGCACAGAUAGGAAGAAGAUCAUUUUCGAACACAGUCUCCUCGAGUACAAGAAGAAUCAACUUCUUGACAAGAAACGGACCAAGGAAGAGAAAGACCUGCUACACAAGGCUAAACCAUUUGCCAGAAUGAUGAAUCACGAAGAUUUCGAGGCGCUGAAUAGAGAUCUGCUCCUGGAACACAAUCUGCGUAUUGCCAUUCUCCAACUCCAAGAGUGGAAGCAGAUGGGUAUUAGCGAUCUGAAAGGCGGAGAAAAGUACGAAAGCGACAAACAGGCUCGGGCAGCACGAAAUCAACCUCAGGGACAAUUCGACCGAAUGCCUCAGAUACCCAAAAAAGGCAGUCAGUUGCAACAACCCGAUCUACCGACCGAAGCCUCCAAAUUGACCACACCUGAAUUGCCACUUCGAUUCCAACGCAAGCCAAAGACCAUUCCUCAAUUCACUGAUAGUCAGCCUGCGGUAGAAAACGACUUUGACAAAUUGUUCGCUGAAGCCAAUGGCCCCGACAGUUCAUCAGGUCCUAAAGCCAAAGUCCGAUAUGAGGUCCCGCCACUGACCGGUGUGACUCCGUGGAAUCUGGAGAAGGAUAAGAGCCUCGCACCAGAUCUGCAGUUGCUCAGCGAGGAGGAGAUUCAACUAUGCAACGCUCUUCAUAUCCGCCCUAAGCCAUAUUUGGCACUGAAGGAAGGAUUACUCAAGGAAGCCAUGAAGCAAGGCGGCCACAUGAAGAAGAAAGAGGCUCGUGGAGUCUGCAGAAUUGACGUCAAUAAGGCCAAUCGUAUUUUUGACUUUAUGAUUCACAGCGGAUGGAUUGCCAAAGCGUGAAAUUCCUGUCAAACGGGCACUGAUGUUCAAUGAACAUUUGCCACCAAUUGACCACACACCUUCGCAUGACGACCCUCGACCCAAGCCCGAAGACAUGGAUUUACUCCAAUACUUCUGUGAGAGUAUAAGUCACCACUGCAAUGUUUGAGCAAAACGACGGGAGACUGGGGUCGAUUCUCGAGCGAUCCAUGGCUACUUGAAGAAAGCCCAUGGCCAAAAGUCGAGCCUCACACGUGACAAAGGCCCAAUCUGUCAGACCUCCUACGUCAUCACGAGGCUGCCACUGCUGUCACAACAUGGUCAGUGUGAAGGCACGAUUAACUCGCCUACGAGAUCCAGAAGUGCUCCGAGUUUGAGAAGGUCUGAGCUGGAGAAUCAAGCAGAGGAACGAUGGAUUUUAUCCAGCCAAACCACGAUUAAUGCAUGUAUGAUGUAGAUACCAAUAAAGAUCCACGCAACCAGGCGGAUGUUGCCAUGGCUGCUGGCGCGAUCCGCCACUAUGAACUAUGAGGAACGUACACAUUUGCAACUCUCUUGUCGCCCGUCAACU